AUCAGUCGUAACCAUUGCCUCGUCCGGAGCGGUAGCGCGGGCCCUUUCCGACUGUGACCGGCAAAUUAAUAAUAGUUUAUUUUUCUCGUUUGAAGCCCGUAAUCAUCGCUGCGGCCUGCUUUGUUGUGCUAAUUAUUCAUGAUCUUUAUUUUUGUUUUGUAUCAUUGGUGAGAUCAGUGUGUCGUGCUUGGACGAUUUCGACUGAUUGGAGUUCUGCGUACUUCCGGUUACCUCGAGAGCCGUUAUAAGUCUUCGGAACCCGCUCGAACCGUGUUGUGAAACCUUCGACGGCCCUACGUCAGGUUGGGUCAUUGAUCAGAGCAAGGUAUCGAGUUUCGUCUUCACAGCUUGCUUUGGUCUGUUGUAGUCUGUGUAGCUGUGCGCAAAGGAAAGUAAAGUGCAACGAACGCUGAAGUAAAGUAAAGCAAAGCAAGCCGUGCAGAGCGAUCGUGCGAAUGCCUACUUGGAGCUAACGAGUCAAAAAGAAGCACUCAAAGUGCGUGUCUGCGGAAUUCGGGAAAGGUAGCCGACGCGGACUGACGGACGGCCUUUAGUGGAAUUAGUGGAAUUGAGUCAGCCGCUCUAUGUUUGAAAGCUGCCAGUGUUCAAUUUGAUGAUUCACAGAACCAAACGAGGCAAGUCAGUGCAGCAAGCGAGCAUUUGAGGGAUUCACGCGGACUGCUGGGUUGUGAAAUCACGAAACACGAAGAAUGUCCAUCAACUAUGUGUACAAAGUGAAGAAAGGAAUACACAAAGUGAUCUACGACAAGCUGUACUUCAACUGUUCCACGUUCAGAAAGAUGCAUUACGAAGAGGUCCCCGAAGCGUACGACUACAACGGUCACGCGUACCACCAGCACCACCUUAGCGGCUCCCAGUCGGACGGAAGUGGUGGCGGAACGGGUGCUAGUGGCGGCGGAGGUUGCGCUACCCCUUGCAGCGAUGCCGUCAUGAUCAAAAUCGACGUCCCGGUGCCACUGCGGGACGAACAGCGCUUUCCCAAAGAGAUUGGGAAGACCUUCGUGGCGCUGCUUCUUGUGGGGUUCAACCUGUUCCUGGCGACGGUUUCACUGGCGGUGGUCCACGACAAAGUUCCGGACAGAGCGAAGUAUGGACCGCUGCCUGACUUCGUGCUGGACAACAUUCCCGCGGUGGAUUGGGCGCUGGACGUUAGCGAAAUUCUGAUCAUGAUCGUGGUCAACUCGUGCGUGCUGUUGAUCACCUUCCACAAGCACCGGUUCAUCGUAAUGCGGCGAGUCUUUUUGCUGAUGUCGUUGCUCUACUUCAUGCGUUCGAUAACCAUGUACGUGACGGUGAUGCCAAUGUCCAACACGACGUACUACUGCAGCCCGAAGGCGCCGAACGCGACGGCCGUGAUCAUCCUCAAACGUGCCUUCCAACUCUUUUCCGGUUUUGGGCUGUCGAUCAACGGCAAGCACACCUACUGCGGCGACUACAUCUACAGUGGCCACACCGUGACGCUGGUGAUGGGCUACCUGAUCAUAGCCGAGUAUUCACCAAAGAAGUUCUGGAUCGUGCACUGGCUCGCGUGGUGUGCCAGCCUGACCGGAGUCACGAUGGUACUGCUGGCCCACGGCCACUAUACCAUCGACGUUCUGAUUGCGUACUACGUGACGACGCGACUGUUCUGGACCUACCACACGCUGGCAAACAACAGUCUGCUGCUGAAGCAAAACGGCCACAACUACAUCGGCCGCGAGUGGUGGUUCUUCAUCUUCCGGUACUUUGAGAAGAACGUCCGCGGUCCGCUGCCCAUGCAGUACGACUGCCCCUUCCCGAUCCCGUGGACCAAGAAGGUUCCGAAGCUGCCCUGCCGGGAGAGCUGAUACCGGACAGCACCGCUCGUAGCAGCACUUCCGGAAGGGCCGCCGCCGCCGCCACCACCGGAACUGGGACAACCGACGAAAGCCGUCGUCGACAAGGACGGCUCGAGGGCGCAACAACUGGACAAUGUGACCUGAACGUGGUCAAAGCUUUAAUAUUUUUGCUGGGAGGGGCGCGAAGACAACGAUGACGACGACGACCACGACGUGGUUCAAAGGCCGGAAGUGUGACGGAGCAAGUCCCGAAUUGCCAACAACCAAACCAACCAGGCACUAGGCAACAAACCCAAACGCAUAAGACUUUAUUCGUAGCAACCAGUUUAGCAGAUACAUAGCUCUUUAAUGUUGUUUUAAGCUGUAAAGAGGGUUAUUGUUACAAAGUUAGUUUGAUUUUGAACGAAAACUAGAAGUAAGUGUCAUUACAAAACGCAGAUUAUUAACAGUUAUACAGAGGAACAUCAUUCGUUGACUAAUUUCUAGUCAUCAGCAAACAAAAUGAUGAUAGGCCAAUUAGGAAUAAGUGUAACCGGUGACCGAAAACAAAAAUGCGAAGGUCCAAACCCAGAAGCUGCCUUCUUCAAAGUUUAACAGCAACUCUUCUAGAAAACACGAGAAAAUAUAUAAAAUUUGUAGCAAAAUGUACGAAAAAUUGUGAUAACCAUUAGAAAUCAAGUAAACUUUUACUGUAGCUAAGAAAGAAUAAACAAAAGACACACGGCGAGAGAAGCGCUCGAAGCACUAUUUAUUGUGAGUUGUUCCUCCCAAGAUAUCUAACAUUUAUUUUUU